CCCAAUGCGUUCAAGCUCUUCUCUCAAUGAACAUUUUUUUUUUAUAAAAAAAACACACACACACACACACCAGAACUCAUUGAAAACCCAGCAAUCUAUAUAUUUCCUGAAAUCCCUCUUGGGAAACUAUUUAAACCCAAUUCUUGUUCUUAAUUUAUCACUCAAAAAAAAUUCUACUUGGGUUUCUCUCCCUUUGUUCUCUCUCUAGAUUCUUCUCUGUCUUCUCUCAAAUUUCACUUGCUAAUAUACCAACUGCUGCAAAAGAGAAGCAAGCUAUGGACAAACGCCGCAGAAAACAAGCCAAGACCAGCACCUGUUGCUCUGAAGAGGUGAGCAGCAUUGAGUGGGAGUUUAUAAACAUGUCUGAACAAGAAGAAGAUCUCAUUUGCAGAAUGUACAAGCUCGUCGGAGACAGGUGGGGUCUUAUAGCUGGGAGGAUUCCAGGCAGGAAAGCAGAAGAAAUAGAGAGGUUCUGGUUAAUGAGACAUGGAGAAGUAUUUGCAAGUAGAAGAAGAACAGAGCUUAAGAGUAACAACAAGAGAUACAACUCCUGAUGAUGAUUUCCCUUGUCAGUCGGCAAUCCAGUAGGUUAGGCUAAACAAAUUUAAUUUCCCCUUAACUCCUACCCAUGUGUUUAUUUUUCCCUUUUUAACUCCUACCUAUGUGUGUCACAAGGUGAGGUAGUUGUAACUUACCUGUUUGGCUAUAGUUAUUGAGACUUGCCUGCCUUCUCUCUC